GGAACAGCGGACUCUGGUGUUCUGAUGGUCUUCUCGGCCUGGUCGUCGCUUUGUGCAGCGUUUGUAUUUUCAGUGACUCUUUUUUUGUGGCGAUCUCACCGCCUGGUCUUUUUGGAUCAAGUGUGCAUCAACCAGACGGACCAGCGCCUAAAGGGGCAAGCUCUGGCAAGCAUUGGAGCUUUUUUGAAGCAUUCUGACAGUUUUGUCCUUGUGUGGGAUACCACGUACGUGCACCGAUUAUGGUGCGUGAUAGAGCUUGGUGCAUAUUUGACGAGUCACCCAUCUUCAGAGAGACAGCUGUACGUGAGGCCAAGUGCUUUAGCACCUUGCGUUUUGAGCGUGAGCUUGGGCAUGUGGAUCAGCUUUGUGACCCUCAUUUUCGCAGAGUCGCUGAAUGUGUUAAGUGUUUCCUUGUUGUUCUUGCUGCGAUGGAUGGGCUUCUAUAUUGCGGCUGCCGUGCUGCGAACUCAUUAUCGCGACACAGAACGCAUGUUGGAGCAACUUCAGGCUUUCACUGUCGAACACACCCAGUGCAAGUGUUGUGAUGUGGGUCACACAGCAGCCGACGGCACCAGUAUGAUCUGUGACCGUGACGUAGUUACUGAGUGCGUGAAGCGCUGGUUUGGAUCCGUUCAAAAGUUUGAGGAGAUCGUGAGAUCGGAUGUGAGGGCCACGCUCUACCGACAGUUGGGAGGGCUAUUGUUUCCCUACCAAUGGUUGCUAAUGGGUUCAUCACCCUUGCUGUGGGGGUUCAUUGAUGCUAUAGCCCCUCGCGCACGCGCUAGUCGCUGGGACAGCGCAGCAGUUUUGACAGUUUACGGGCUAACUUGGUGGCUGUUCACACUUCCGAGCAUUUUCGCACUGACGCUGUUAUUUGCACAACACGUCCGCAAGCCACUGCAACCCAUGUGGUUGGAUCCCAUCAAAACGUUGAUGGUAUCGCUGGUCUUGACAAUCGCGUCGAUUGGUGGACAGUUCCUGCAAAAUUUGUUGCCAGCUCCCAUGUUUGUUGGAGGCUCAGUUCUUGUGGCUGGCGGGAUUUGGCUGAUGGUCCUCAUGCAGCGCCGACGAUUAGAGCUGACGCAACAGCAGUCUCACCACUCACUGCCGGUACUGCCUGGGCCAGUUGUAUACGGUGCGGAUGCAUGA